GAUGUCGUUCCCGAUCAUCCACAUAUGCUUAUUUUGAUGUUUUGGCUUGUAAUUAUCGGGUUAUCCAUCGUUUCCAUGCUGUUAACUGUGAUACAAAUCAAAUUCGAAGAAUGUCUUUACAACUUGAUGAUAAGAAUGCAGGAAGAAUACCAAAAAAAUUUGGCUACCGGUACCCCAUUCGAUCAUGAAGAGAUUCGCAAGAAGGCAAUGGAAGACCAACCAUUUUUCAUGAAGUUGUUCGGUCCGGACCUGAUGUCAGAAGAGCAGAAGGAGAAAAUCGAAGAGACGGCGGAGCAAUUUGAAAGAAUAGUACGUCAAACAAACACCAAGAAUAUCCAGACAGAACCACCAACCUUCUUUGUUGCUAGUACACAAAUGGACAAUCUCGCUAAUAGCAUGGCUUGUGAUCCAAUGUCAGAAACCAGCCAUAUAAUCAUGGCAAACGGUGAAACACAAUGGUCCAAACAAUUUCCAUCAUCUAUCCCAGAUGAGAAUACCUCUUUUGCCGACGAUCGUGACUCCAUAUCUGAUGCUACAAGCCUUCCGAUGGAUUCUUUAAGCUAUGCAGCACUCAAACUUACACCUCGAAGUCAGAAAAGAGUUGCAUUCAGCACAACAGGCUCGGAACCCGUCGAUUCUAUUGGAAACGGUUGUCUAGUGAGUCCUAAAGAAGAUGUAGAUGCUGUAGAUGUACAAGCACAAACAGAUAUAGCCCAAUUCCAAAUUGAUGAGAUCAUUUUGCGACUAGCAGCUUUGCAGGCUAAGAGACCAGACACCAAUCACGUCGAAGGAGGAAGUGAGGCUUCCUUCCUAUCAUUUGGAAAACGAAGCAAAAAGAAGAAAGCAGAUAGGGCUGAGGAGAAAAAUGUUCGAGACAUGACGGACAAGGAAAUCCUCACAACAAUGCUGCAAGUGAUGACGCAAGCAGUAGAGACUGAUCCGCUUCCACAGAGAGUGACGAAAGUAAGUUAUUCAUGA